CAAGCAUCAUGCUGUAUGCGUAAUGCAAACAUGUCCAUUAAGAACGCAACAAACCCGCAUGAUUAUGAGCCUCUUGGCGACAGGGAUAUUCGUCUCCUGGAGCUUUUCUCUGAUGUCUUCGAUGCACCUUUGCGAUGCAGGAUCUUCAUCGCGAAUCUAGACGAGGACCCGAAGUAUGAGGCCCUUUCAUAUGUGUGGGGACCACAAGAACCCCCUUAUACCAUGUAUUGCAACGGGCCGGCGGCACAGGCCAAUGAUAAUUCUUCUUUCUUGCUUCCGGGAUCAAAUUUGUAUCACGCACUACGGCACUUGCGAUAUGAUCCCCUUUCUGGUAAUCCUUAUUCGGUUAUUCUAUGGAUCGAUCGUAUAUGCAUCAACCAAAACGACCUUCUUGAGCGGUCUAUUCAGGUUCAGCUCAUGGGCGACAUAUACGAAAAGUCUGUUCAGACUAUCGUCUGGCUCGGACAUGAGGACGAAUAUACCCAGGCGGCCUUCAAUUGUGCGGAAUACAUGUUCACGACAUCGAUCGAAGCAGGUGAAGAUCCUAGGCCUAUUCGGUUUACAAGUACUGGAAAUUGGGCGGAAAGCUUUUUGGACAGACUUCGCAGGUGCUCAUUUUCUAGUCUGGAGAGUGUAGAAAAGCUCACAAAUCGUGAAUGGUUCACACGAGGAUGGAUACUUCAGGAGGUGGUACUGCCAAAGCGAGUUUCCAUCCAGUGUGGUCAAUUUUCAAUGCCUAUAGAGUUGUUGCAAGGUCUCUGGAGACUUAGAACAAUCGUGGGAUCACCAAAGAUAUCAGCUGCUUCGUGGACGAUGUUUUGCGUCAGGGAAGAUUUUCGAAACAACCAUGGAAGCACGAGCAGUGGUCACAAAUUCAUGGCAACCGACCUAUCAAGACUGGUUGACCAGCGCCGAUCUGCCGGAUUAUCCGACCCUCGUGAUAUUGUUUGCUGCCUGCUGGGGCUGUUUGAACCAAUACUGUCGCGAUCACUUUCUCCGAACUACUCUCUUGGGAUUGCGGAUGUCUACACAAACAUGGCAAACCACACCAUUCAAGAGCAUGGCAAUCUACACAUCUUGAACUAUGUAGAAAGCCCUAAGUUUCAAGAAGACAAGAAUUUUCCCAGCUGGGUGCCUGAUCUCAGGGCUCCACGUGAGACAUUAAAUGAGAUGUUUUUCCGUCCGGAUUGGCCGCAGAAGCCAUUCUUUGAUGCAUCUAGAGGGAUCACCCCCAAGUACAACCAGUCUCUUGACGCAAAUCAGCUGGAUAUCUGCGCGAUCUUCGUGGGUACCGUGCAGCAGAAAGGUGAUUACCGCGACCUGUGCACGAUCGAGGACUUUGAUCUGCCAGCAGUGUACAAGUAUACGCUUCAGCCUGUUGCUGCGGCCCUGCGGCAAACUAUCAUACUUGGCCAAAUCAACGCUGGACUUAAUCCCAGAACAGAGGUUAUUGGUAUCAAUAAUUCUUAUCGCAGGAGUCUUUCUGCAUUCUUCUGUCUUCCUACAGCUCGUGUUGAGCCCAUACAGGACGUGGACGAAGUCAAAAAGAUCGAGACGCUUUAUCCGCUUAGUUAUAUAUGCGAAGGAAAUGUUGCAAGACGUUCGUUUUUUUGCACGAAGUUGGGACAUAUUGGCUUUUGUCCAAAGUCUACAUCGACUGGUGAUCAUGUUUAUAUCCUACUAGGCUAUACCGCGCCUGUUAUUCUACGACCCAUUGGCAAUAGGUUCACGCUCAUUGGUACCUGUUAUGUGCAUGGCAUAAUGUACGGCGAAGGUCUGAGCCCCGGUAUGGGCUUUGAUAGUCGGCACUAUCCUGGCAGCACACCCCGAGGCGCGUGGCAUAUGGAGCGCGAGCAUCGUCCGACACAGUACUUCGGAACCACUACAAAACAAAAGCUGGAAUCCCUAGCUGGGGCGAAGUUGGACGAGCUUGUACAUUUGAAUGACGGUCUUGAGUCAGAUCGCGACGAAAAAGACGCUUAUGAGGAAAGAGACAGCAUAUACUCAAGCAGCAACGAAACCGAGAGCGACGACGGAGCAGGAGAUGGAGGCGACGCAGAAGAUAAUUCUACAAACCUAGAUCACAGCGCCAGAGGCAGCGACAACGUAGAGGAAGAUAAAAGUAGUAAUCUUGCUUAUUAUCGUCAGGAGAUAACGGACUUUUUCAAGUCCGAGGAUAUGAAAUACCAUCACGUGGAUCAUUACAUGAAACGAUUUGGCGCUUUUUGUGGAGAGGACGAGGAGUCUCUUCGAACAGCUCGGGACCCAACCGCGACAGAGCGUCGAUUCUGGUUCACAGAAGAAGAGUGGGAGCCGCUUCUGAUCGCGGCUCAAAAGAUAGCGAUUAUAUGACGUAUACCUGGGGUUCGAACACUUGCCCCGAGGCUGCCUUGUAGCUAGUCGCAAUAGUAUAUAUAAGUCAAUACUUCUCAUAAGUCUGCGCGACGCGACGG